AUGGAUCCUUCACCGGAGCCUCCCAAGACUCCUCCAAACAAAUUCCCUGACCCCCCAACACCUCGCGAAAAGACACCCCCACCCAGGAUUUCUUGCGACAUCAACACCCGUGAUGCCCAAGGCCCAUUCUACUGGGAGUAUCGUAACAAAGGUCCGGACUUCGAAGUUCCUCCUUUGAAGGGAGGUGAUUUUGAAGAGCGUCCGACUCUGGAGGAGUGGGCGGACAAGCUAGGAUACAAGUUGCCAUCCGGAGAGUCCGUGUUAUCUGGGAGGCCUGAUCCAUCCGAGCUAAAACGCGGAGCUAAGCUUCCACCUUCCAUUGAGGAAAUUGAUCACCUUCUGAAGAAGGGCGACGAACAUCCAACGUCCGUAUCUGGAAGUUCUCCCACUUCAGAGCCGAAAUCAAAGCCAGGUGCUUUACUCAAUUCGGCCGAAGGUCUACAGGAGAAGGCUGACAGCAAAGUUCCAAAGCCGUCAUCUGCAAAAUCCGAUAAACCGAAGGUAGAACCUGGAGCUAUGCUUCCACCUCCCCUCAAAGCGCCCGGAGGCCCGCAGAAGAAGGCGGACAAGCAAACUCCCAAGCCUUCACCUGAGAAGUCCAACAAAUCGAAGCAAGAGGGAAGAGGAAUGUCCCAACGUCUGCUCAAAGGUGCGGCUCGUCUCCAGGAGAUGGCGGACAUGGCAAAUCCUCAGCAAGCCGAGGAAGACCGCGCCAAGGUCUUCAUGGACCGUCUACCCCACGUUCAAGCGGCCUCUCGUCGUCUGCAAGGUCAACUCGGGAUCCACGGUGAUGAGACCUGGCCCCUGCCACCACCGCCAAUCGAUCAUAAUCCCUUCCUGGUCGAAAUGAACGCAAUAAAGAUCCGCGCUGCAUUGGAGAAUUGCAAGGACUUUGCCGUGACCAUCGACCGUGAGUCGGACAAAAUGGAGUUUCUUGAUGUUGUCGCGAUGUCUGGUCAGAAGCGCGUGGUGAUGCAAACCGGUCAAGCCCCGGAGAUCAAGCUUACUUCUUUCGAGGCUGAGAAGAAAGCUAGAGAGACCGAGCAGUCUAAUGCCAUUGCACGUAUGAUGGACGAAGGUCGUCAGGAGGAGUUGAAAGAACUUGAAGACGAAGGCAUGAGUGAGGUUCCAUCAACUCCAAAAUCCCUGUUCCAUAGCGUUGGUUCUUCCCUGGCGCCUACCGCCCCUCAAACCAGCCAAGGAAGCAAUACAGCAGCAAGUGAAGGCGAGGAAUCGCUCUCGGCCUCUCAAGGAGACAGCUCAGUGGAUACCGCAGAGCGCGAACGGCGCGAGGAGUGGGAAGAACUCACGAGAGACCCUCGUUUCAUUGGUAUCGGACCAUAUGGAGAGCCUGAAUAUGAUGGCCCGCCAACGCCGGAUCCAGCGAAUAGCUCAGACGCCACUGGUGCCACCCCUAAUCCGAGCUAUGACUCUGAGGGGAACUCGAUACCCCAUAACACGCCGACGGCCAGCAAUGACGACCGAGAGAUGCGCACGUCAUCAUACGUGACUGGAACUGCCAGCGCUGAUUCCGAACAUGUCCCGGCUGACCUUACUCCUCCCAGCCGAGAGCUUGGGGCUCUCUCCGUCCAUGACAGUGAAAUAGGAGGGACACAAUCCGUGAUCGACGAGGCCAUAGCUGUCCUCAACGCUCAAGACAAGGGUAAGGGCAGAGAGACAAGCCCUGGUGUUGAUGAGACGAUGUUGGCCGGUCCUCGGGCUCAAGAUAAGGGCAAACGGCAAGAGACAGGCUCAAGCGUUGGAGACAACUCUGCGUACGCUUCUCAGACUCAACAGAAGGACAAAGCCAAGCAGAUGAUCUCCGGGUCCCGCGACACCGAUAUAGACGACGGUGAAGAGCGUCACGGCAAGAUGAAAGGCUCAAGCGGAAAACAGCUCGACGUUGCAGCGAGCCUUCGUAACCAUUCGGUCACAUUCCUUGAUGAGAGCCAGCCCAAGACUAAGGAGCGUAACCCACCCGUCCCUCAGCCUCAGAGCAUGCCCAAUACCUUGACGGAAGCGAUCUGCAGCCACAUGCCACUGGAAGCUAAACCAAUCCUUACGCUGACUCUCGAGCGCAUCGAUCCGCCCAUACCAUCUCCAACAGAUCAACGAUGUGUCCUUCUCAAACACUUUGAGGUCGGCCUGGAUGGAGUCGAAGGUCUUUGUCAAGGCACCGCAAAGAUCCCAGAGAGUCCACUUCAGACUGCCGAACGCGAGAGGCGCGUUGGGAAGCUGGGAACAUUCAAGCAAGGGGAUGGAGGCUUUUAUAGGUCGUUGAGGAGCGCACAGCAAAAAGACCAGCAGUAUGGCAAGGGCUACUGGUACUUUUUCGGAGUGAAGUUCAAGCAAAAUAGCAGGGAAAGAAAGCUAAGGAGGGGUGGAAAGUGGCUUGUCUUUGGUGCGCCGAUCGAAGCUGUCUACCACCUGGACAUAAAGAGAAGUCAAGAAAAUGUGACUAUCCUGCUCGGCGGAGGGGUGGACAAGUCUGGCACCACGAUCAAGCCGUUCAAAGCCAACUUCAAACGUACGCACACUCUUUUCAGCAGAGGCGGCCUAGCUCCCAUGGACAUCUGGCCAGGUGGAGAAGAUUGGGACGAUGGGGUGUUCAAGGAUAUCAGGGCGGCAAUGGCAAACAAUGGACUCCGAGUCGGCUUCCUUUACGGAGACACCCAGACCUUUGCUCCCCUGCCAAAGGGCUUCCCAGCCGCCGGCAAGUUUCAAGCAGAAAAAAAGCGCAAGCAGUCCGGGGCCGAGAUGACAGAGGAAGAGAUGAAAGCCAUGGAGAAGAGCAUGAAGCCCAAGCAAUUGUCGGCCGAGGACAUCGGUACUAUUCUUGCGAUGAGCGUCAUCAACGACCGGACCAAGCAGGACGCAGCCGCGCGUUCAAAGUAA